AUGCUGGAAUUCAUGGACUAUAUCCAGCUCGCUUUUUCCGAGGCGACUAACUGGAACCGUGACAACUCGUACUUGUCGCUUACCACCACGACACAGUCUAUCCUCGAUUUUUCGACUCCAGAGCGACUGCGCUUACAUUUAUCAUCGCUUUCAACGCCCAACUUUGGCACAAGCUAUUCUCUUGGUACGGUGGGAUUGCUCGAUGGAUCCGUAUCGUACCUCUUCAGCACUGUCCCCUUCCACAACACCCCCAGCCGAAGUGCAUUGAUCCCUCUUCGAAAGAUCUCCCCUGGUUACCGACAUGUACAAGCGCCCGUGGCCCCAGUACAAGCCUGGGGAUGGGACUCUCUUCUAGAAGGAAUCAAUAUCCCGGGAGUCACAGACGGGCCGCGUUCUGGGCGCAAGGAUGGUGAUAAUAUAGCAGAUGAAGCAGUAAAGCGGAAGGCCACCCUUCUUCAUGCCUCUCUACACCUUCCUUCACCGACUACCUUGAACGCCCUUUUCUUGCGCAGGAUCUCUCCGACGAUGCAGCUAUGCCUUGCCGUCUGUUCCACCCAGGGACCACCAUUAUCCAAGUCCGCGCCGCAGGCAUCAAUGCUGGCCCAAUUGUCUCAUGACACAGGGAAAUACUGCAAUGAGUAUCUUUUUAGCACGGACAAUGCCCUCUUUGGCUGGCGCGGGCUCUGGAACUUUGGCCCUGAUCCUAGAAACCCUCGUGCCAAUGCCUCGCCUGCGUUAUCGCUUCUUUCUGCAGGUGCGGAGGCGUAUUACUCUCCUGCCUCAUCAUUGGUAGGAAUUUCUACUGGAUUGCGAUUCACUACACUUCCCGCCGCGACUCGAGUGUCUUCAUCUUCCUCAUCUAGUCACCCCACGCCUAUAUCUACAUUCCCCUACACAUUAACUCUUACCCUAACACCCAUCACUGGCUCUCUAUCAGCAACAUACUCUCUAAGUGCGUCGCCAAACCUUGCAUUCAGCUCUCGUUUUGGUUUCAAUGUAUACAGUUGGGAAAGUGAAAUGGUUGCGGGCUGCGAACUUUGGCGCAAAACUAACAAAUCCACUUCCUCUGACGAUGGCAUCGAAUGGGCCCGCCGCAAGAUGCGCCUGCAUGAUUUCUCCGCUUCCCUCCCGGGUUCUGCGCCUUCUCCACUCGCCUCCGACCCGGUUCAACCCGAACCGAUCAAAUCGGAUGACGGCAGUGAUGUAGAAGCUGGCGACUCGGUCAUCAAGAUACGUGUUGACCAGUCCUGGAACAUGCGUUUGCUGUGGGAAGGCCGAGUGAAGGAGCUUUUGGUGAGUGCGGGUGUCGGGCUAGGGCCGGGAUCAUUCUCGCAGGCCCCGAAUGUUUCGGGUGGGUCAGUGCCCGGAAGUGGGCCAUCGUAUUGGCGCGGGGUUGGGGUUUCAGUGAUGUACUCUUCGUGA